CCUUCUGUUUGUUUCCGUUGCAAACUUCAACAUCGGCGUUUCUCUCCCGCCAUUGAUCUCAUCGUCUUCCUCUCAAAUUCCUCGCCCUAAUUUCCAUUCCUAGGAUUGAGAAUUUAAUUUUUUUUUUCUCACAGACAUAGAAAUGUCAUCGCGAUGUUAUGUUAGUAUUUCCCAAAUGCCACUCCCUCUCAAUUCGCAGCCAUCGAAUCAGACCGUCAGGAACAGUGGAAUCCCUAAUCUAGGAUAUUAUUAACAACAAUGUCUUGGGGAUUGGGCUGGAAGCGACCCUCUGAGACCUUCCACCUCAGGCUGAACUACGGCAAUGAAGAGUCUCAGGAGAAUCCUGACCGUACGUCGUCGGCAUCUUCGUCAAGCUCGUCUUCUUCGUCUUCGGCAUCGAUCAUGUCGCAAGAUCAAGAGCUAGGGUUUCGGAUCGAAUUGGACUGGUCUGCCGCGGAUGACGAGGAUCAGGUGGCUUUGAGGCUCCAGUCGCAGCUGAUGGUGGUGCUGCCGAUGCCACAGGACGCAGUGGAAGUGGAGUUAAGGCCGGAGGAGGAGGAGGCAGUGGGGGAGCCAAAUGUGAGGGUGGAGAUGAGGGUGGUGCAGAGGAGGGAGGAUCUAAGGUCCGUGACGAUGACUAAGUCGGCCGGGUCGGGGCAGCAGAACGAUGGGACCGGGGUGUUAACGCGCUUGUUAAGGUCGAAUCUCGCCCCGCUGAUGCCGGGGGUUGCCGACGGUGUCUCCGACUGUGGUGAGCAUUGGAAGAGCGUCACUGUGCUCAGUCUCUGUGGUUGCGGCUUGUCGGCAUUCCCUAUAGAGGUAACUCGUUUGCCUCAUCUUGAGAAGCUUUUCUUUGAUAACAACAAGCUCACACUUUUGCCACCGGAGCUUGGUGAGCUGAAAAGCUUAAAAGUGCUUAGGGUUGAUUACAACAUGCUGGUUUCAGUACCUGUGGAACUAAGACAAUGUGUUGGACUGGUGGAAUUAUCAUUGGAGCAUAACAAGCUUGUUCGGCCUCUCCUUGACUUCAGGGCAAUGGCCGAGUUACAGGUUCUAAGGCUCUUCGGUAAUCCUCUUGAAUUUCUUCCUGCAAUUUUGCCAUUGCACAAACUUCGCCAUUUGUCUCUUGCAAAUAUCAGAAUUGUAGCUGAUGAAAAUUUAAGAUCAGUGCACGUGCAAAUAGAGAUGGAAAACAGUUCUUAUUUUGUUGCAUCUAGACAUAAGCUAAGUGCCUUCUUCUCUCUUAUAUUCCGUUUUUCUUCUUGUCAUCACCCUUUACUUGCAUCUGCACUAGCAAAGAUAAUGCAAGACCAAGGAAACCGGGUAGUUGUUGGUAAAGAUGAGAAUGCAGUGCGUCAGCUUAUAAGUAUGAUCAGCAGUGACAACCAUCAUGUGGUUGAACAAGCAUGCUCCGCUCUUUCGGCUCUUGCUGCUGAUGUUUCUGUCACAAUGCAUUUGAUGAGAGCUGAUAUCAUGCAACCCAUUGAAACAGUGCUGAAAUCUGUUGGUCAGGAAGAAGUACUAUCGGUAUUGCAAGUCAUGGUGAAGUUAGCUUUUGCAUCUGACACUGUAGCUCAGAAGAUGUUGACGAAGGAUGUAUUGAAAUCCUUAAAAUUUUUAUGUGCCAAUAAAAACCCUGAGAUACAAAGGUUGGCUUUGUUAGCAGUUGGAAAUUUGGCUUUCUGUUUGGAGAACCGUCGUAUUCUGGUAACUUCUGAAAGUUUGCGGGAACUGCUCUUACGUUUGACAGCUGCCCCUGAACCACGUGUGAAUAAAGCUGCAGCUCGUGCUUUGGCAAUUCUUGGGGAGAAUGAAAAUCUACGACGUGCGAUAAAUGGUAGACCAAUAGCAAAGCAAGGACUACGCAUCCUCUCAAUGGAUGGUGGUGGCAUGAAAGGUAUGGCAACCGUGCAGAUUCUUAAAGAAAUUGAGAAGGGAACUGGAAAGCGGAUACAUGAGAUGUUUGACCUUAUAUGUGGAACAUCAACGGGUGGCAUGCUUGCUGUUGCCCUUGGUGUCAAGCUAAUGACCUUGGAACAGUGUGAAGAAAUAUACAAAAACCUUGGAAAACUCGUCUUUGCUGAUCCUGUGCCAAAGGACAAUGAAGCUGCAACUUGGAUUGAAAAGUUGGAUCAACUUUAUAAGAGUUCAUCACAGAGUUUUAGAGUGGUUGUACAUGGAUCAAAACACAGUGCAGAUCAGUUUCAGAGGUUGUUAAAGGAAAUAUGUGCGGAUGAUGAUGGGGACCUUCUAAUAGAGUCUGCAGUGAAAAACAUUCCCAAAGUAUUUGUUGUAUCAACCUUGGUGAGCGUUGUACCGGCUCAGCCUUUUAUAUUUCGCAAUUAUCAGUAUCCUGCUGGAACACUAGAGGUGCCUCUUGCAAUCUCAGAAAGUUCAGGAAUUACUAUGCAAGGAUUGCCUCCUACAGAUGGUCAAGUUGGCUAUAAGCGCAGUGCUUUUAUUGGAAGUUGUAAGCACAAAGUAUGGCAAGCUAUAAGAGCAUCUUCUGCUGCUCCAUAUUAUCUUGAUGAUUUCUCAGAUGAUGUGCUACGCUGGCAAGAUGGUGCAAUAGUGGCAAACAAUCCUACCAUUUUUUCCAUAAGAGAAGCCCGACUUCUUUGGCCUGACACAAGAAUUGGCUGCUUAGUUUCCAUUGGCUGUGGUUCGGUUCCAACGAAGGUGCGGAAAGGUGGUUGGCGUUAUCUGGAUACCGGGCAAGUGUUGAUUGAGAGUGCAUGCUCUGUAGAUCGGGUAGAGGAAGCUUUAAGCACAUUGCUGCCUAUGCUCCCUGAAAUACAAUAUUUUCGAUUUAAUCCAGUUGAUGAACGUUGUGAUAUGGAACUGGAUGAGACUGAUCCAGCUGUCUGGCUGAAGUUGGAAGCCGCAGUUGAGAAAUACAUCCAAAAUAAUUCUCAAACCUUUAAGAAGGUCUGUGAGAGACUGCUUCUUCCUUACCAAAAUGAUGAGAAAUGGUCAGAGAAUAUGAGAACUCAGCAUUACCCCAAGGCGAAGGGGUCUAGUGUAGAUGUCAGUGGACCUUCUCUGGGGUGGAGGCAUAAUGUACUACUUGUUGAAGCUUCACAUAAUCCAGAUUCAGGCAGAACUGUGUGCCAUGCUCGAGCACUCGAGUCAUUUUGCUCCCGCACUGGAAUACGGCUAUCCCUUAUUCAAGGGAUUUCAGGGAUAGUGAAGACUGCGCCAGCAGCAACAUUUCAAACACCAUUUGCAUCACCUCUGUCCACUGGAAGCUUCCCAUCAAGCCCAUUUCUUUACAGUCCUGAUUUUGGCCCACAGAGGCUUGGCAGAAUUGAUGUGGUCCCACAUUUAAGCUUGGAUGGUGAAUCUGGAAAGGCAGCUGCAUCACCCCCAAUAUCUCCUCCAGGGCCCAGAAAGCUUUCUUUACCAGUUCGAUCACUGCAUGAGAAAUUGCAGAACUCACCACAAGUGGGCAUCAUACAUUUGUCCCUUCAAAAUGACUCUUUUGGCUCAAUAUUAAGUUGGCAGAAUGAUGUCUUUGUGGUGGCUGAACCUGGAGAGCUUGCAGAUAAAUUUGUGCAGUGUGUUAAAUUGAACUUGUUUUCAGUUAUGUGGAGACGUCGCAAAAAGGAGGCAUCACUUCUUAGCAAUAUUUCAACUGUUGCUGAUUUGGUUGCAUUAAGACCGCAGUUCCAAAUUGGAAGCAUUGUACAUCGUUAUAUAGGGCGGCAAACCCAAGUUAUGGAAAAUGACCAAGAGAUUGGGGCAUAUAUGUUUCGUAGAACAGUCCCUUCUACGCACUUAACUCCUGGUGACAUUCGUUGGAUGGUUGGAACUUGGAGGGAUAGGAUCAUAAUUUGCACGGGAACAUAUGGGCUUAAUCCAACUCUGAUUAAGGCCUUUCUUGACUCUGGUGCUAAAGCUGUUGUAUGUUCUUCCACCGAACCCCCUGAAACGCAGCUGACAAACUUUCAUGGAUCAGGGGAGUUUAAUAUUUUUGAAAAUGUCAAGUUUGAGAUUGGGGAGGAUGAGGUUGAAGAUGAAGAAGCUGAACCUGCCAGUCCAAUGAGUGACCCUGAGAAAAUUGGAGACCGUUCCACUUGUUGGGAUGAAGAUGAGGAGGAACUGUCACAGUUUGUCUGUGAAUUGUAUGACUCGUUGUUCCGGGAUGGUUCGAGUGUUGAUGUUGCUCUGAAACAUGCUCUAGCCUCCCAUCGAAGAUUAAGAUUGCAAUCUUGAACACAAUGGGACCUAUUCAAAAGGCAAAAGAAUGGAAGAGAUAUAUCAACAACAGUUGGACCCCCAUACUUAACAAGCACUCAAGCAAGACAACGAAAUCAGAAAGGAAAAGAAGCAGUAAGAGAGAAGAAGUUUACCAAACACAUAUGAUGACUAAAGAAUCAAAAGCACAAGGAAUUUUAAUUUUGUCAAUACAUGAUGGCUUAGCACAGAACAGAGUAUAAACAUUCAGAAAACUUGCCUCAUUCGCACCAGAGAAAUUAUCAAUCAUUAACAAAAGUAUACAGCCCCAAAGGUUGCUCAAAACAAAAAACUUGAUUGCAUGGUCGAAGAAGUCAAAAGUGUAAAAGAUUUAUCCGGAGAAUACGCAUGCUUUCAUUGCAAUGUCCCUACAUAGAAAUUCAAUUAUGCAAAAUUUCAUGCUGUCCACUUGGUUAAAGAUAAAGCAGUUUAACGAGUGUCUGUUUGGGGGAUUAAAGCGGAGAUGCUCCAACUAUAUUCAAAGCAAUUCCCGACCUUGAUAAAGACCAAGGACCCAACUUUCUUCAUCCACAAGCCUUCAUAAUAUACCUUACAAAAUGCAGUAUAAAGCUAGUACCAAUUCCACCAAGUUUCCUGAGAAAAUGGCUGCAAUUGCUCCAGUUUCGAUAGGCACACGGGGCACCGUCGGAUCACUUGUCAGAAAGGAAAUUGAGUAUUUCGGGAAGCUCGAAAUAGACCCAUGUGGAAGCUCACAAAAACCUCAGGGACAGAUUGUCGACAUGGCUUCCACCAGCGGUCACUCCAGGCCUAGUUUCUGGCUCUUGCUAAUGACAUGGAAAAGGAAGAAGGGGAGAAGAGCCACUGGUUCUCACCUGCCAAACAUGUGUUCUGUUGUUGAAGUUGCAGAAAGGAAUCGGCUGAACAGAAUUCCUGGUUACAAUUACAGAACCCUCAAGAAUAACUUGCACAUUUAGAUGAUGCUCCCAAGCUUUCUGAGCCAGUUUGUUCUAUGGCUCAACAAUGCCUUUUUCCUAUGAUGAUAAGAUUACUCUUGUCAGGUUCCCCUAUGUUGUGCAUAAGGAUCCAUUAUGCAGCUUUUUUUUAACAUUGUGCUGUUUCUGGUGCUUCCCGAUUGCUUCAUCCUAUAAUAAUCUUCGUAAUUCUGCUUUCUUUGAGAAAUACCUUGGAGUUGGGGGACACAGAAUUCAGCAGUCUCUUUCUCCAUCUCUCAGCCGAAACUUCUCACACAAGAAAGAAGGAUUGAUCAAUGAAGAUAAAAGUCUGUGAACUUCUAAUACAUAAUUGACACUACAGUCUACUCUUGUACUUAUUUGAUCUGUACAAUGUUUUCAUGUACCCGAAAAAGAAAGACAAAUAGAAGUAGAGAUUUUCUUUUAGUUGUAUUUUAUUUGGAUGAAUCUGUAAUACCUUUCUCAUCAUUUCUCAGCUUAUCUAUAUACUCAGAGUGAUUACAACAUCACCCAUCAAUCGUCUAGGAGACGUGUUGCAGCAACUGCUAGAGCUUGAUAGAGGCCCUUAACAUGGAACUUUCCUCUUAGCAUAGGGUCAGUCAUUAAUUUGAACUUUUUUCUGUGCUUAAACAGUGGCUUUGCCUGCAGGUGAAAAUGAGCAUUACAUGUUUAUCAAGCUCUUGUUCAACAACGAACUACCUCAAAAGCCUAAGAACUGCAAGGAUCUUGACAUUUCAUUCAACAUUCAAAAUACAAGCACACGUGUGUGUGUAUGUGUGUGAGAGUUGAUAGAGGCUGUUCUUGCAGAAACGGGCGUCAUGUACUUGUGACAGACGUUCAUCAUUCUCCCCAAAACCCCUACAAAAAAACACAGAAGAGAAAUGGUGGGUUUCCGGUCCUUGAAGUGAAAUGGUGGUUUCGAUAACAAUGGCUUCCACUGCAGCAUAUGGAGCGCAACACGUGCAGAAAAGAUCUGCCAUGAUCAGUAGGAAAUCUUAAUUUGGAUCUCUAGUUUGCAAAGAACUAAUGAAAGUUGAAACACCAUCAGGUCUGGGAUAUUUUGAUGGGCAGAAGCGUUUAAAGAUAAGAAGUAGUAAUGGUGGCAUUAAGCUUGUGGUGUCUCCACACAGAAGACGGCCGGGAUCAAGGAGUUAAAACUUUUCCAUAAGGACAUCUUUUACAAGUUUCACAUCUGUCGAAGAUGAUCACAACCGUUGGAAAUGCAAGCAAGCUGCAAGCCGAAGUUGGCAAAACUUGGUCAAGCUGUGAGGAGUGAUUGCAAACUCCCUUUGAAGCCAUCCAGUUAAACUAUAUUUCUAUCGAACUUUUAUAUAAAUCCUGACCAGACGGGCAGCAAGAGUUAAGACUUUUCGGUUUAAAGUUGCUGCAUCCCUGAAUCUUCCAUUAUUAAGAAUUAUUAGCAAGUGAGCAAGGGUGCAAACAGUUUUGAUGGCCACAUCUUAUGGUAAAAGUCGAUCAUUUACCUUCUCUGUAUGAUGUAUUUAUAUUGUACUAGUUCGAAAUUAACCAACUAAAAGGUAUGUGUUUGCAUGGUGCAUUGUAUCACCUCAGCACUUGUUUAAGCUGGCUACCGAUAGAGAAGCAUUUAUUUG